AUGGAGAGGAUACCACGAGUCUUGAUCAGUAUAGCACUAGCUGCACUUCUGCCAAUGGCAUCUCCUGAAAAUCAGGAUGAACUAGCCAAAGAGAAUAUCCCUCAUUCUCGCCAGAAAAGGAUACUAUGGAUCACAAAUGACGGACGUUUAGCGCUUCCGCCCGGAACCACUAUGGCCAUCACACCUUCAAUAUCUAUGCCUUUUGUGAGGCACCCACCAAAAGGAUUCCUUUCUAAUAUGACAGUCAGUUUUCCUUUUUCAAUUGACUUUGACAAAUUGGGGCUCACAGACAAUGAAAAUCCUUAUGGGGAUUUACCGCCUAUUUUCGCUCGAUCAAUGGGUAAUGCUGCUGCAUCUAUGAUGGCAGAUUAUGUUGGACAAUACCUAGAUACUAGAAGGGGGAAGAGGUCGACAAAGGAAGCAGUUCCACCGGAAACAGAGAAAGUAAUCCUUGACAGAUUCCAUGGAGGCGAAAGAGCUUUAAUGUAUGGAAUUGCUGAGGAUUUGUUAGCAAAUUUUGGGCUGGACGGCAAGGAGUGCCUUUUAAGGGCUAUUUGUGAAAUAAACGCUCAUCCACUAAAAAACUUUGGUUUUCUUGGUGAAGUUAUGAAACUAUUUUUUAGUCCAAGUAAAUCACCGUACGCAGAUUUAUUAGCUGAAUAUGUUGAGGCACAACGCGCCGGUGAAUCUGGCGGAGAAUGUUGGCCGUACUACAGGCUCUGUCCUAAGAGCAUCUUCCAACCUUCUAGUAAUAAAUACUCGAAAGACGCAGAGACUCUACAUAGGCGACAAGAGCAUGAAAGCAUCGAUAAUAACAAGAUGGAAUUCAGAGCUAUG